GAUAGUAAACAAUGAUGGGUCUUUGUUGUUAAAGAAGGUCACCAUGAUGGAUGCAGGAAUCUACACCAUAGCAGUGGAAAGACGAAAUUCCAAAAUGUUAAUAGGAUAUGGAGAUCUCAGUGUUUACCGGCAUGUGAGAAAGCCCACCCUCCGAGCCAGCAACAACAUAGUCACAGAGGAUAAGGAUUCUGUGGUCUUUACCUGCUACUCAGAUGCACACACCAUCCAGUGGUUGUUCAAUGGCACAGAACUGCAGCCCACAGAGCGAAUGAAGCUGGCCCAGGACCAUCGACGAAUCACAAUAAACCCUGUCAAGAGGGAAGAUGCUGGGCAUUACCAGUGUGAAGCCUCUAACCCCAUCAGUUCUGCUACAAGUGUGGCCCUUGAGCUGGAUGUGAAAUUUGAGUGACUUUCCUUUCCCCUUCUAUGCUGUUAUACUCUAAAUAAAAGGUUUUCUUGCAUUAUUAUAAUAGAUUUAUUAUGAAGGUGAAUAGUCUUUAAAAUUUUGCAUUGAGUCAAUAAACAGUUAAAAAUCU